GAUGGCCCACGUUGAAGAACCUGUGGACUUUUUUGAAGAUGAAUAUGACGAACGAUCAAGAGCAGCCACUUCCACUCGUGAAGACAAUAUGUACUCAUUUUGGGAGAGAUUUUUAGAACUUACCGUGAUGCUACAGCAGAAGCAAUAA